AUGGGGACCUCUGUUUUGUUUGGAGUCAGGACUGAGAGAGGAGUCUUUUGCAUGUUUCUGCUCCUCUUGCUCUUCUGUGUUGGAGGGAAAUGUGAGCAUCAGGAAUCCAAACCUACAUCACAGACCAACCUUCCCACCGUCAAACCUUUCCCCAAUGAACCCCAGGCCUUCCCCAGCGAGGAGAGGGCCAACCUCCCUGUGUUUACUAUGGACUACCCUCGGAUCCAGCUCCCCUUUGAGUUUACACUGUGGGUACUGCUGGCAUCUUUUGCCAAAAUUGGUUUCCAUAUUUACCAUAAAAUCACCAUCUGGAUCCCAGAGUCCUGCCUGCUGAUUACCAUUGGCCUCAUUGUCGGUGCCAUCAUGCACGCAGUCAAAGAGGAGCCCCCCGCUGUCCUCAGCUCCAACGUCUUCUUCCUCUACAUGCUCCCACCCAUCGUCCUCGACAGCGGCUACUUCAUACCCACCAGGCCUUUCUUCGAAAACAUCGGCACGGUGCUGUGGUACGCCGUCGUGGGAACUCUGUGGAACAGUAUCGGCAUCGGGCUUUCCCUCUUCGCCAUCUGCCAGUUUGAGGUGUUUGGACUUCAGGAUAUCAACCUGCAGGAGAACUUGCUGUUUGCGUCCAUCAUCUCGGCCGUGGACCCUGUGGCUGCGCUGAAUGUAUUCGAGGACAUUGGAGUGAAUGAACAGAUGUAUAUAGUCAUAUUUGGAGAGGGCCUCUUCAACGAUGCUGUCACUGUGGUACUUUCCAGCAUGUUUACCUUUCUAGCAGACAUGCCCAUUGUUGAAUCCGCUGAUGUAUUUCGGGGAGUGGCCAGGUUCUUCGUGGUGGCGGCCGGAGGUGUCCUCUUUGGCCUUCUGUUUGGAUUUAUGGCUGCAUUCACCACACGUUUCACCCACAAUGUCCGCCAGAUCGAGCCCCUCUUCGUCUUCAUGUACAGCUACCUGGCGUACCUGGUGGCUGAGUGUUUUUCCAUCUCCAGCAUCCUGGCCAUUGUAACAUGUGCCAUAACCAUGAAGUACUACGUGGAGGAGAAUGUAUCCCAGAGAUCCUGCACCACCAUCCGCCACGUUGUCAAGAUGCUGGCCACCGUCUCGGAAACCCUCAUCUUCUUCUUCCUGGGUGUUGUUACCAUCACCAUAACGGAGCACGAGUGGAACUGGGCCUACAUCAUGUUUACGCUGCUGUUGGCCUUCAUCUGGAGGGGAAUUGGCAUUCUGGUGCUGACCCAGAUCAUCAACCCAUUCCGUACCAUCCAGUUCAAUUACAAGGACCAGUUUGGCCUCGCCUACGGAGGCCUGCGAGGGGCAAUCUGCUUCGCCCUGGCCUUCACCUUGCCUGAUACCAUCAACAGAAAGAACCUGUUUGUCACAGCUUCAGUUGCCGUUAUUAUAUUCACUGUUUUCAUACAGGGCAUCAGCAUCCGUCCCAUAGUAGAAUAUAUAAACAUUAGGAGGACCAACAAAGACCUGCAUACCAUCAACGUAGAGGUUCACACCAGGGUGAUGGAGCAUGUCGUUUGUGGUAUUGAGGACUUGUGUGGACAAUGGAGCCACUAUUACUGGAAAGACAAGUUUAAGAAGUUUAACGACCGUAUUUUGAGGCGUAUCCUGCUCCGAGACAACAGGGCAGAGUCCAGUAUUGUGUCUCUGUAUAAGAAACUGGAGCUGCAGAAUGCCAUCGAGUUACUGGACACACCUAUGGGAGACCUCAGCGCAGCGCCAUCUAUGGUUUCUCUGCCUGACGAGAGGAAGGAGACAUCUCGACCGAAGAAGAAGUUCCUGACUGCUGACGUGAGGAAAAUGCACGACAUCCUGUCAAAGAACAUGUACAAGAUCAGACAGAAGACAAUGGCUUACACCAACAAAUACAAUCUGCCCGACGACAGCCGAACCAGAGAGAUUCUGAUUCGCCGCCACGCAAGCAUCAGACGCAGCGUCCGUGCCUCAAGUUUCCGCGAGCCGUCUGAACAAAACAUCCCUAAGUCUCAAAAAUACUACUCCCUCCAACCUGGAGGGGAUCUGGAGACUGCAUUUGCCCUCAGAAGGCGAAGUCAUGGUGGUGGUAGUGGUCCCCAGUUCUCUGGUGCAUCACCGCACUCCUCAUCCCGCUCCCUAGUGCCUAUGAAGAGGUUGAACACCAUCAAGGAGUCUGGAAGUGCAGGAGAGCAGCCAGCCACUUCCGCCCACCCACGCUCAACCUCUCCUGGGGUAGAUGUUUUGGACGAGAGGGGCCCUAGAAGUCUAGGAGGUUCUAGCCUCAGAGGCUGGAGACCAGUUCCUGCAUCCAGGAGGCGCAGUUCAGAUCGGGUCAAUGAAGACCCUACUGACUCUGAGUGUACAGGAGAAAGGGAUGAACCAGUCCGUCCUCCCCAGCUACCACCACCUCGUGGGUGGUUACCUGAGAACCAGGAUCCCGGAGACAACGAGGCAGGAAACCCCCUACUAAGACACUCGUCAAAGGGGUCAUGAUGGACAGAAAGGGAAGGACAGAGGGACAUAGUCAGGUCAAGUGAAUAAGGUUAACUUGUUCACUUGAGGACGAACUAGAUAAAAACUAAUAUGUCAAAUAGGCUAACUGACAACUGACAAAAAUGAUGGUCAAAGAAUAUGGGGAAUAUGAUCAGAGUUCAGUGAAAAAUGCCAUGAUAUCAUCUGUGUUAGGUAGUUUUACUGCUCUUUUCUAACUAUUUGAUUAUACUCCAACACCAAUGUAUACUUCCUGAUAUCUGUCUCUGAGAAGACAGAGAGUCGUCUGUGUUUGUAUAAUAAAAACUGCAUUACAGCUGUAGCACUUACUACCAUGUUCUCUGUCAGUACAAGUGUAUUUGCACACGCAGACAC